AUGUAUAUGUGUGGAUGGUGUGGAUAUGAAUCUGAGCAUUUGUCUUCUAUUGAUACCAGUGAUGGGAUCGGUUUGGUUCGAAAUUUUGAAAAAUUUGAUUGUCCAUCUUUACCAACACCAAAUCGUAAUCGUGCUCGUCCUCAACAAACUUCAACAUCUCAUCAACGUACUCUUGCUCGAUUUAGUACACUGAAAGCAUCAUCAUUUCGUUCACCGGUCACAUAUAUUCCACAAUCAAAUAAUGGUACUCUAUGGAAAACAUAUGGUCUUGAUGAAAAUUCAUUAACAAUACGUUUUCUUUAUUCAAAUUUACUUUUACUUGGCAUCGAAUGUUCAUCAAUUUUUUGUCGAUAUCCAGCUAAUAUUUGUCUUGAAAAACGUCUUGCUUAUCAUUCAUUAUCUGAUGAAACUUUUGCUAAAAUUAAAUUAACACUUAGGCAAACGCAUACAACUAUUGAACGAACUGAACAAAUGCAUAAAACUCUUGAUCAUUUAGCGUAUUUACCUAAACAUAUCAAAGUGGCUGAUGAAGGAAUGUUAAAAGAACUUGAAUGUCUUUUACUUAAUGAACCAAUGUCGUCACUUCCAACAACAACAAAUGAAGAUGAACCAUUUCUUAGAUUUGAACAAGGAUGUAAAAUGGAUUCAAAAAUAUUUAUUGAUCAUCCCUAA